UGCCUCUUAAAGUUACAAAUGUAGGUAUGAAAUGCACUGCUUCAUUUGUUUAAGGGAGAUAUAUUUUGAUUUUGGUGUUUGCCAUUUUUCAGAGGAACCAGAGAAACACUUUGAAAUGACUGAAGUUUGAACAAUGCCUCGUGUGUUUUGGUCAGAAUGUGAAGCUUGCCAUAGGCACUGUUAUAGCAAGCAAGUUACAAGUUUAGAAGCGGACAACAAUAUUGUCUAUUAUACUGUGAAGAAUGUAAGUAAGAUCUGGUUUUUUUUCACCAUAUAAUAAUGUGCAUAUCCGUACAAAUCUCCCUAGUUAGCCUUUGCAGUGAAAACUAUAACGCCACACAAUGGCAGCAUAUUCGAUGCUUUUUGUGAGAUAAUCUCUUGCCUUUUAGUACCACAAGAGGGCAGUACACUGUUUAGCGCUCACCAAGAGCAUUCGUUGCCAACACGAUCAUGUGAGGGGCCCUAAAAGGGGAGUCUGAGUCAAAGGGAGGUGAGAUGGAAACGAGGGGAAAGAGAGAGAAGAUCAUUAGAAUGAGAGUCAUACACACAGAUGAAGAAAGAAAUGGCGUAGUCACCAGUCAACAGCUGAUGGAAAAAAAUAUGUCUUGAUCUUGUCUGCAGAUGCGAAGUAUCCAAAUCCGGGUGUAGGCUGGCAUGGAUGUGAAAAUGCGUCCGUCUUGCAUACGGCCUGUCCUCUGUAUCCUCCUCCGUUUCCACUUUAUGGGCGUAGCCCCCCACUCUGACAUCCAACCCAACCACACCCUGAUGUUCGACAGCGUCAGCCAUGGCAACAGCUUGCGCAACUGCAGCUGUGCUGUGGCAGUUCACAGUUGUGAUGAGGCGCUGGCCAAUGUGCACUGCAGCUGUGGCACCGUCCCACGCUCCGCACUGCCCCCUGGUGGUCUUCGCUGGAAUGACAGUCCUGCUGACGGUACACUGACGGUGUGGGUGCAUGAGCCAUGGGUGUUGAGGGAACUUCUGAAUGGCAGCCAAGUUCCAGAGCUCCGGCUGUCUCUCUGUGACUCUGCCCCUCUUGACAGCCCUGCACAGUAUCUCACCCUCGUGGGUCUGAGGAGGCUUCAGGUGUCCACUUCUGCCAGGGGGGCAACACGCCUUGACCAAGCCCUGAGCAUCAGUACUGGGGUGCUGGGGCAGGAUGGAGGCCUCAGCAUCGCCUUUCUGGAUGUUUGGUCAUUGAACGGGGUCCUGCACCUAAAAGCCUACAGCGUGGUAGGACCACCACUCCUUGCGCUGACUCAGCACUUCCCCAACCUGGCUCUCUCUGGAGCUGAUGUGUGGAGCAAUGACCCCAACCACAUCCACAAGCCAUCCAUCCUAACUUUUAUUUACUAAGUUGGACUGUAUUUCUGCUAGCCAGACAAGCUCACAGCUCUAAGACUUCAGGAAAACAUCAGUUAAAUUGGAGCAUGACCCUCCAAAUUCCCAAUAUUGUUGGUGGGUGAUCACUAAACUGGAACAACAUUGUUAUAAACCAGUGAAGAAAAAUGUGAGUCAAAGGGUCAAAAAGUAUAUGGACAGUCUCUGAUGUCUGGAUGAAACAGUAACAUGGGUUGUUCAUGAAUAUACCUGGCUCAACAUUGUUUAAGGAAAAAGAUUCAUUUGCUCAUUCAGUCGGACUGAGAAAAUGAAUAGUCUUGGCACCAAUAUGGCUAAUCACAUUUAGCAGUACAUGCCAUAUUGUGGAUGUUUUUAAAAAUAUAUUCAUUCCAAGUUUUUAAAGUUCCAAAUAUAGACUUGAAAGCACCUCUGACCAUUAUUAAACAGUAGUGGUUUCCAUUUAUUUAAACUAGAUGUACAAACUAUUGAGUGACAGGUGUUGUAUAUAUUAUAAAGUAUUUCUGCUGAA